UGUCCGCCCGGGGGUUUUUGUGGAUUGAGGCGUCUCGCAGAAACGGUGUUGUCUGUGGCUUUGGCUUCUCUCGCCCAAAAAAAUUCAUCCAAAUUUACCAAAAAGGAGAGAAAAUUCAUUAUUUCCUUCUAUUCUUGAUCCGAUUCUGAUCAAAUUCGGGGCUUUUUCGGUGGGAUCUUGCGUGAGGAUUAGAGAUCUGGUUUGUUUUCGUCGUUUAUGGAAACUGGGGAAUCAGGGGGAGGUGAGCGGUUUUAGAAGGGGAGAGAGAGAGAGCGGUGGAGUGGUUUUUGAAGGAGAUGCUGUAUUUGAAGCAACCGAGGGGGAGUUUGGUGGUGGUGUGGUGGUCGUCUGUGUGGUGAUCCAUUUGGUGUUUCUCUUGGAUGCUCAGCUGAUCUUGACCCGGGCCGGCGGCUCGGGAUUCGGCACGCGGCGAUGGAGACGAUGGUGCCGGAAGCGAGGAAUGAUGGCCUGCCAGAUCUGCAGUGCCAGUAUCUCCAGAAGUUUAGGCUCUAUGAGACGCGAUCUAACUUUUAUAUGAUUGGAAGAGAUAAGAGUGGGACUUUCUGGAGAGUUUUGAAGAUUGACAGGUUAGAACCUUCAGAGCUCAACAUUCAGGAGGACUCCACCACUUACUCGGAAAGUGAAUGCUUCGAACUUUUGAAGAGAAUUCAUGAAGGAAACAAGUCUACUGGAGGAUUGAAGUUUGUUACCAAUUGCUAUGGAAUUGUUGGGUUUAUCAAGUUCCUUGGGCCUUAUUACAUGUUACUAAUCACAAAGAGAAGACAAAUUGGUGCCAUAUGUGGCCAUACUGUGUAUGCUGUCACCAAGAGUGAAAUGAUAGCCCUUCCAAAUCCUUCAGUGCAGUCCAAUAUUAUCAAUACUAAGAAUGAGAACAGAUACAAGAAACUCCUAUGCAAUGUGGAUUUGACGAAGGACUUCUUCUUCAGCUAUUCAUACCAUGUCAUGCGUAGCCUCCAAAAGAAUUUAUGUUAUGGUGAAACAGGACAGGUUCUGUAUGAAACCAUGUUUGUUUGGAAUGAGUUCUUGACACGUGGAAUUCGGAAUAAUCUCAAGAAUACCUUAUGGACGGUCGCCUUGGUCUAUGGGUUCUUUAAACAGGCCAAACUUUCUAUCUCUGGAAAGAAUUUUCGGCUGACUCUCAUUGCCAGGCGUUCUCGCCACUAUGCUGGCACCAGAUAUCUAAAGCGGGGCGUUAAUGAGAAAGGUCGAGUAGCUAAUGAUGUUGAGACUGAGCAGAUUGUGUUUGAAGACAUUCCUGAAGAAGUUCCUACACAAAUAACUUCAGUUGUACAGAACAGGGGCUCUAUACCCCUUUUCUGGUCUCAGGAAACAUCCCGCUUGAAUCUUAAGCCUGAUAUAGUUUUGCAGAAGAAGGAUGACAACUACGAAGCUACUCGCCUUCACUUUGAGAAUCUUGCAAAGAGAUAUGGCAACCCAAUUAUAAUUUUGAACUUGAUCAAGACACGUGAAAAGAAACCUCGAGAAUCGAUUCUCCGUGUUGAAUUUGCUAAUGCAAUUGAUACCAUUAAUAGAGAUUUAUCAGAGGAAAAUCGUUUGAGAUUUUUACAUUGGGAUCUUCAUAAACAUUCUCGGAGUAAAGCAGCAAAUGUUCUUUCCUUAUUGGGAAAAGUGGCUGCUUAUGCCUUGAAUCUAACGGGCUUUUUGUAUUGUCAAGUGACUCCGGCUCUACAGCUUGAUGGUGACCUGAAGUGUCCUGUCCUUUUAAAAGACAAUGCCAUUGGCUCACCCAAUGAACAGAGCUGCCACAAUACAACUGAUGGCGAUGGCUCUUCAAAUGGUUCACGAGAAGAUGGUUUGGAGAACAAUUCCUCAGUAGAUAAAACAGAAGAUAAUGACAUGCCUUUGGUUAAACCCCCCAAGUUUCAGAAAGGUGUUUUAAGAACUAAUUGCAUUGAUUGCUUGGAUCGUACCAAUGUAGCUCAAUAUGCCUAUGGACUAGCUGCCCUUGGACAUCAGCUUCAUGCCCUAGGUUUUAUAGAUGCCCCCAGAAUUGAUCUAGAUGCGCCUUUGGCUGAUGAUUUGAUGAGCUUUUAUGAGACGAUGGGUGACACACUUGCUCAUCAAUAUGGUGGUUCUGCUGCUCACAACAAGAUAUUCUCUGAGAGAAGAGGCCAAUGGAAAGCUGCAACCCAGUCUCAGGAGUUCUUCAGGACACUUCAACGUUAUUACAGCAAUGCUUACAUGGAUGCUGAGAAACAAGAUGCAAUAAAUGUGUUUUUGGGGCAUUUCCAACCUCAACAAGAUAAACCUGCACUUUGGGAACUGGACUCUGAUCAGUAUUUCAAUGUUGGGAGACGCGACAAUGCUUUUUCUGAUGAGAAUGCAAGAUCAAUCAUCAAAAGAUCACUAUCAGAUGGAAACAUUCUUUGCGAAAGCAAUACACCUGUGUCUGCUUGUAAUGGUGGACAGAGGAAACUUCCUAACUCAUCACUUUCUGAUAGAGUGCGUCAAUCAAAUGCCAAAGGUCUAUCUGAGUCUACACCAGAGAUUUCGACCUCUGAAAGUGAUAUAUCACUUGCCAGGUAUACUCCAACUAUGCCUCGGAAGCAACUUUUUGCAGAUAGUGAUCACAGUGCCUUUACUGAGCAUGGUGAUGCAUCAACCUGCUCGAAUUUUCUUGAUCUUGACUGGCUUUCAUCUUCUGGGAACUCUUGUGAGGAAGAAAUGUUCACAGUUGUCAAUUCUCCAACCGAGAAUCUCUCGACAGAAAAUGUGAUCAAUGGGAUAACUCCUGAGGCCACACUGCCUCUCAGUCAGCAUGGAUCUAGCGUAAGGGGAUCAGAGACAGCAGAUUUACAAAUGGGAUAUGAUGCUGCUGAGAACUCUGAAAAUCUUAGUAGUGAAUUCUCUGAUAGCUUUGUGCAUUGGGUUCUUCAUGGCGAGACUCUUUGUCAUUGAUUUCGGCAUGUGUUCGUUUUCCAUUCAUCUUUGAUUGAGCUGACCCUCAGUUCCAGGACUGACAGAAGGAAGAAGUCCCAGUAGAAAAAAAAGCCAAAGCCAAAGCCAAAGCCAAAGCCAAAGCCAUGAAUGAGAGUGGGUGAGAUGUUGAAACUGGAUGGAUAGCUGAAGAUGUGGCACUGACUUUCAUUUGUAUGAUAUCAUCCUCAUCUCAAACCUGAACAGGGUGAGAGUGAAUUUGGCCAUGGUGCUGCCUCUCUCAGUCCACUCUAGUAUAUAGUCAAUUUCUGAGCUCUUUCUUUUCUUUCAUGAUUUUUUUUUUCUUAAAUUUUAUGAUGACUAAAAAAUCGUCAUGCUGUAAAUAUUUAAUCAUAAGCAUAUGCUUAGUUGAUUUUGUUAUUCCCGGCAA